AUGAACAAAUACGAUAGCCUGUCCCGAAAGUUUAGCUUGCCGGAGUUGCCUGAUAUAAAAAGGAAAACUGAUCGGAGUGAUCGUGAUGAUAUUUGGAUAAAUUCCCCCAAAAAAUCAGCUAUGGCUAAUGAAAGCACAAAAGACACCCAGACCAAAGAUGUUAUGUACUGGAAGCCUACAUUAUCGCACGUUCAAAAAGGUCAUAGGGGUGAAGACCAUGAUGCCUAUAUUAGUAGUAAAAAUGCUCGUAAGGGAACAGUAUUUCUAUCUCAAAGCAAGCAUAUUACUUGGAAAGAUAUUUUAAGGAAUGGAAAUGAGCAUGAAAGAACUCGAAAAAAGUAUCGUAGUUCGUGGAAAAAUAGAAAUUUAUAUCCUGCGCUACCUACUCUUAAUGAUACAAAACCGAAGGUUCGUUAUCGAUCAAAUAUUACACGUUGUUACGCUAAUGCGACCGAAGUGGUGCCAGCAACUGAAAAGAAUUGGACAACUCCAUCUUUUUACAAUGAGGAUCUUUCUUCCCGUAGGCAGCUUGAUCAUAAAUUGCAUAGAAUUGAAAGUGCGUGUCUAAAUAAUUCUGGUCAGAAAAGAGGCUUAUAUUGCGAUGUUAUGGGCUCAGAAUUAUGUGAAAAGUGUAUUGAGAUAACCAGAAGAUAUAACAGCAUCGAAGUUCAUCGCCAGUUAUACCCUAAGAUAAAUAUCAACUGCGACUCGCUUUGCCGUAAUCAUGCUCUUAAACAGUUUUUUAGCGAAUCGGACUCCCAAAUAUAUAUUGCAGAUGGUAACAAGAUAGCCCCAAGCAGGCUUUCAAAUCAAUCUAAACAAAGAUUAAUGGAAAGUGCUACUCCAGACUCUUUCUAUGAUAAACAAUCUAAAAGUCCUGGUAUUCGUGAUCGCAUUUCAACCCUUUCUGAAUCUAUUGAUUUACGAACUAUACGACUUGAUCCACCUUUUCUAUCAAUCAAUAUGCCCUUAUCAGCAUCAGAUAUCGCGAUGGACUAUUAA